AAAUUGGAAUUACAUGGCACAAAAUAAUUUGCAAGAAGCUUAAAGUAGCAAGCAAUCUGUAGAUGACUUUGGUUGGCUUGAAAGUGACAUGAAGGAGAAAAUUCUAGCACUUACAAUUUUGUUAUCAAAAUGGACAAAAAUAAAUAAAAAUCAGCAGUUUCCAGCCAUACUACUAUUCUCAAUAUUCCAUGAAAGGGAGACAGACAGAUAGUUACAGGUUGCUUAUCUACAAUUCAGUCAGUGGUUGUCCAUUACUUUGUCUUUCAUUCUUUGGCUCAUACAUUUACAAACAAUUAAUAAAUAAGAAAUUAUAAUUAUAAUUGUGAGUGUGAGUGUAUAAAUACUAUAGAAUUAUUUUAAAAAAAUUAAAUAUAUACGGAAUCUAUAUGAAAAAAAAAAAUUAAUUAAUUUUUUAAUAAUAGACUUCACUUUUUUUCUAAACUAUUAUACGGUACUUACACACUCCACGACUAUUAUAUAUAUCAUUACUCUUAAUAUAUUUGCCUUCCUAACCACCACGUCUUUUAGAUUAACUACCAAUUAUUAAUCUAAUACUAACAACGAUGUAAUUGUCUUCUAAGACUAGUGUACUCGUAGUAUUCAGAUCCCCUGCAAUCCCCUGUCCUGUUGUAACUACUGCAACCUCUAUACUUACAACCUCGAAAAUUUCAUUCCUUGGCCAUUUUUUCACAAACCAAAGAAGAAGAAGAAGAAGAAGAGAAUGGGUGAUUUUGCAAGCCCCUUCAGACAGCCACCUCCUGCUCCAUCAAAAUCCAACUUACCUACCUUAUAUUAUGGCCUCGUGGUGAUCGCGACCGCCGCUCUGUUGCUAGUCCUAUACAACCUCCUAAUUGUCAGAUGGUGCACACGGAGCCACCAAAUCCAGAGAGCACCAAGACGAAGAAGCCCGUCGGUGGAGAUCUCAACCAGUCAGAGCUGUGGAAACCCCAACAGGAACUUGUUGUCCAGCUUCAGGUACAAGAAAGGAGUGGCAGCAGAUGAACAAGGCGUUGAGCUGAAUGAUUGUGAAUGUGCAGUUUGCUUAUCAGCUUUCGAGGAAGGUGAAGAGGUGCGGAAACUGCCACAGUGCAAGCACUCCUUUCAUGCUCCAUGCAUAGAUAUGUGGCUCUACUCUCAUUCUGAUUGCCCGCUUUGUAGGUCACCCGUUGGCUGGCGGUGUCAUCGACAUGUCGUGUAUACACAGCAAGCAAAUUCUCAAGAAAAUGUGCAGGACUCAGGCAGCUCAGUUUAAUGGAUUUUGUUUUUCCCAUUGGGAAGGGGAUAACAUUUCGUGCGUGGUGGGUAUCUCUGGACCUGUCAGGAUGAUAACAACAAACAAAGAAUAUAAUAGAUAGGAAGCAAGUUGCACUGGGUGGGACAAGAUGUUUGUGUUUCAUAAUUAAGCCGAGGAGUCAACCAUGGAGGUCGAUUUCAUACAUAACAUUAAUAGGUUCUAGUGUAAAAGCUAGGCCAAUCCAGCUUUAAGUUCCAUCAUCGCAAAUCCUAUACAUUUUUCACUUUUGUAGUGUUCAGCACCCGUCUUAUAAUUGGCCUAUAACACAAGUUUCUUAGUAGGCUUAGGACCCUAUUUCUCAGAUUUGUAAUCAAUUCCAAUAGAAUCACAAGACAAGAACACGUCCUUCUGAUUCACCAAGCAAUCGUAUGUCUGUCAUUGCUUUCAUAUCAUGCAUUUCUUUAUGUAUAAAAUUUACCUAAUGUAAUUUUACUGAAACCACCACUUCAUUUCAA